GACCGACUUUCUUUCUCGGUGUUCUUCAACAUUAACAUAAGCUUACCAGCAUAAAACAUAUUUGUUACAUCCAGCUAAAUAAGGUUGGAAUCCUAUCACCAUUAAAGGAAACAUCUCAUCGUGAGGCUGUUAAGGAAACCACCAGUUGUUCUGGACCUAAAUCCAUGGUCCCACAAACUUCACAGCGUCUUUCAAGCAUCACAGCAGAUCAUUCAUAUGCCACAAAUCUGAGAGGGGCUGUGAUUGCUAAGCCCAGAGACAUGGAGAUGACUGGCAGCUGUAAUCAGCGGUAUGAGAGUGAGAUGUAUGGAGGUGUUUCGUCUUCAGAUGAUGACUCUAUAAGCUUGUUGUGUGAUCUUAAGACCUGGCAAAGCAUAGGAGUAGCUAAGGACAUGGACAUCAGUGAUUUAUAUUCACAAUUUGGCAUCAAAGAGCAGAAUAUGAAAGUUGAGGUGGAGAUAAACAGACUCAAACCCCCCGAGCCAGGGAUAUCCAGCUGUACCAAGUCUGUAGCAGGCCCUGCUGAUUCUACAACCCAAUUAGCAAAGGCUUCGCAAUGUCUGAAAUUCAUCAAGAAGCAACUUAACAAGCGAUAUGCAAAGGGAGAUAAUCUUCUGCACAAAGCAUGCAAGAAAAAUGAUCUGGAACAAGUCAAAAUGCUGAUUCAGGCUGGGAUAAGUGUCAACAUGAGUAGUUAUGCAGGCUGGACAGCCCUUCAUGAGGCUUCUCUGGGUGACGAGGCAGUGGUUAAGGAGCUGCUGAAGGCUGGAGCCAAUGUCAACGCAAGAAGCUUUGAUGGUGUCACAACCCUAAAUGAUGCUGUUAUGUCUGGAAACUAUCAGGUAGUGAAGCUUCUCCUCCAGCAUGGGGCCAACCCCAGUGACAGGACUGUCGGUGGCCGGAGUUCACUGGACAUGGCAGAGGACGAGACUAUGAAAGAGCUGCUCUCUUUCCCAGGACCUUCUGUUAUACAUGAGCUGCCUCGUGAGGCGCCUACACAUCAAGAACAACCAGCAGCAAAGGCUUCGCAAUGUCUGAAAUUCACCAAGAAGCGACUUAACAAGCGAGAUGAAAAGGGAGAGAAUCUUCUGCACAAAGCAUGCAAGAAAAAUGAUCUGGAACAAGUCAAAAUGCUGAUUCAGGCUGGGAUAAGUGUCAACAUGGAGGAUUAUGCAGGCUGGACAGCCCUCCAUGAGGCUUCUCUGGGUGACGAGGCAGUGGUUAAGGAGCUGCUGAAGGCUGGAGCCAAUGUCAACGCCAGAAGCUUUGAUGGUGUCACACCCCUAAAUGAUGCUGUUAUGUCUGGAAACUAUCAGGUAGUGAAGCUUCUCCUCCAGCAUGGGGCCAACCCCAGUGACAGGACUGUCGGUGGCCGGAGUGCACUGGACAUGGCAGAGGGGGCGAGACUAUGA